GCACUGAUGGAGGGAAGAGGUGGAGCCACCGAACCACAUCCUGCUUCACCCCAACCUCUCACCUCAUCCCACUGUUGGCAUGGCAAUCAAACUGUCAUUUCCUCAUGUCAUUUCAUAGCUUCAGCUAAGGGAGAGAAGUAUCCCAGAAGGCACCAGUGCACAAACGAAGAAAUCACAGUGCAUCAGGAAGAAGAGACAGCGUGAUGAGUUCUGAAGAUCAGAAGUCACAAUGGAGAUGACUUUGCUGUCCAUCACAGUGUGGUUCACUCACUUCCUCAUCGCCUCUGCUCUUUAUUUCAACACACUGCCAACAAACACCACGAGUGACCACACUGAAACCACACAAGUAACUCCAGCAACAACAAAAACAAACCAUGAACCCAAGAUCCUAAUUAAUGCAACGUCUUUCUCACCUCCCACCACAACGCAGGACAGCACAAUAAAUAUGCCCAGUGAAGUGCAUACACAGCCAAAUACAACCCCAUAUGUGACGCCCACAGAGGAAACAACAUCCCUGCAUCAAUACAACAGCAGUACUUCAUCUCAGAAUGACACGAUGGAUGAUGGUGUAGGCAAUUCUAGUAAUGUUGCUGUGAGCCACAGGAAUACAAGUCAUGCAACAGUUUCCACUGACUUUGCAAGACUGACACCACAAAAUAUUGAAACAGAAACAAUGUCAAGUAUGAGUUACAAUGAUGGCGGACGACCAGUUCAGACUGCAGACACCCUAUCAGACCCACUCAACAGUGUCUCAACAGUUCCCUGGACAGAGAAAGAGGAUGAUAGAACAAAAGCAGAUGAAGGAAAUUAUGAAACAAACUCCACCCAGGCCACAUUUGCUAAUACGAAAGAAGAGUCGAGAGGAACACAGAGUACUGAGGGAAGUGAACACAGAGAGGAACCUAAUGACACAGCAGCGAAUACAAUCGGUGUGAGUGCUGCAACGGCAACAGCAAGAAUUGAUUGGUCAACUUCACAAAACUUAGACAUUCCUAUGAACACAACAGCACAAAACUCAACGGUUACAGAUGCACCUGAAUAUCACACCUCAAUAGAUGGUGUAAGUGCGACAAUUCAUGACUGGUCAACUUCACAAAUCUCAGACAUUCCCAUGAACACAACAGCACAAGACCCGACGGUUACAGAUGUACCUGAACAUCACACCUCAAUAGAUGGUGUAAGUGCGACAAUUCAUGACUGGUCAACUUCACAAAUCUCAGACAUUCCCAUGAACACAACAGCACAAGACCCGACGGUUACAGAUGUACCUGAACAUCACACCUCAAUAGGUGGUGUAAGUGCUGCAACGACAACAGCAAGAAUUCAUGACUGGUCAACUUCACAAAUCUCAGACAUUCCCAUGAACACAACAGCACAAGACCCGACGGUUACAGAUGUACCUGAACAUCACACCUCAAUAGAUGGUGUAAGUGCGACAAUUCAUGACUGGUCAACUUCACAAAUCUCAGACAUUCCCAUGAACACAACAGCACAAGACCCGACGGUUACAGAUGCACCUGAACAUCACACCUCAAUUGGUGGUGUAAAUCACUCAACGAUACAGCAGAACAGAUUCACAAACUCUACGGCACACACAGGAAGAGAAAACAUUACAGGAACAGACACACCCGGUGGUACCACCACCUAUAACAACAACAACAACUCUAUCAUAACCGAUGUCCUAACAGAUGCCACAACCAACGAAACAAACAAAACUGACACAGAAAGCAAUGUAUGGCCUAAAUGUUUGAACCCAGAAUCUAAGUCUCGUCAAUCCAGACUGGUCUGCUUCAUCACAGUGUGGGCUUUAGCAAUGACUGCUACCAUAUUCCUAGGAAUAACCAUCUUCCUGUGGGUGCGUCUGACGGUCUUUAAAAAGAAGAUGAAGCGGAGGGAGAAAGGAGGCCAGAAGGGCGAGAAAGAGAGCCUUUGGGCUGACCCCAAAGCAUCUGUGCAAGAGAGAGUGGAGUUCUGGUACGUCAAUGGAUCCACUAUGGAGGCCGACAGGAAGCAGAAAGACAGAAAGAGACAGGAGAGGAUGAAGAAAAGAGGACAGCAACUGGAUACUGAGGAGAAUGGGCUGUGGAUUCAGCCUAGAGUGACUGUGGAUGACAUAACAGAGUUCUGGUACGCAAACCGGCGCUUGAAGGAGGACAGGAUGCAGGACAUGUAGUUAUAAACUUUGAAAGACAGAAAACAGUUUGGACAGAUAUAACUUCAGGCUUCUGCCUAAAACACAAAGGGGAUUUUGAUGGGAACUUUAUUUGAGCAAGUAAAUAAGUCUGAAUAAGACGUUAUGUGUGUGUGGUCCUACAUGGACCUUUAAUUGUCUGAGUGAUUUGUGCUCAAAACACUGUAAAAAAAAAUCCAACUUCCAUUUUGUCAGACAAACUAUUAUAAAGGUUGAACGAAUUAUAGAAUGUACACACACAUACACAAAAGACAGUUCAAUGUCAUUAGACAGCAAAAACUUAUGUGCUAUUGGAGUUAUUGUAAAUAUGAGAUUCCUACUCAGAAAUUGGACAUGAACAGCCUCUGAAGUCACAUUGAUUACUGGGAAAUUUGGAGUUUCCGAGUUGGGUGGCCCAUAAACAAGGCGAAAGUGGGAACUGUAAUGACUUAAGUUUUAUUCUUUUUCAUCUAACGUCAUGCAUAUUUACAUAAAUAUGCCAUGUAUGUAUGCAUAUUGUAUGCAUUUUUACACAGUAAAAAUAGCAUUUAUUUGACCGAAAUUCUGGACUUGUGAGGUUGUGAAUGUAUACAAUUGGGAGGGUAAUGUUUAUAUGGUUGCCAACAAAUGGGAUGCUGCAUUUUAUUCAAAAUCCAUUGGAUAUUGAUUAAAUAUUUUCUAUACAUUUUGGCUUUAAUAAGAGUUCCCCAAGACAUAUGCAAGACAUAUUCUCUCUGACAAUAAAGCACUUGAAAACGACAAACUAGUAAUUACGACUUCAGAAGUGGAAGUAGGAAAUUUCCAAUAGCACAUGGAGGCAGCCUAACAAUGUCAAGUUUGGUGGUCAGGGUCGAACUAACAGGCAGCUGAGCACGCUCGGUUUGAUCACUGAUGAUGCACUUGUAUUUAAAUUGUGAUUUUUGUCAAAGCUUGGGGACAUAAUGAUGACAUAAAUAUUUGUUAUUCAGAAGUAAUAGAUGUUUUAACUCUAUGUGGUGUUUUUGAUUAUAUUUUGUUGUUAAAGUUGUGCUAUGUUUCAAGUCACCCAUAGAAAGUUUAUUCCAUUUCAAUGAGUAUAAACACAACUUGUUUUUGGUGUAUAGAAGUAUAUCUAUAUAACCUUUUCAGUUUGCUUAAACUAAUUAUACAUUCUUUGUCUAUCACUAUGCUUAUAUUAAUUUAAAAUUCAAGUUUACUGAACUUUUAUUUUCCACAAAAAAAACAUUAUUUAUAAAAUCAUUAUCUAUUUAUAGAACUUAUGUUGAAAGGUCAGACCUAUUACUUUAAUUGCUGAUACAACAUUUGUUUCCAUGUGUUACUUAGAAAAGAUCUGAAGCUUAACAGUGAAAUAAACAGAAAGAUAAAUAGUGCUUUUCCUUCCUUGGAAAAGAGAAGGGACCACAGACACUUCAACCACAGAAACUGUUGAAAAAUUCAGAACUUUUCUAGGUUAUUUUUUACAAAAAUCCCAUUCCCACAGUAAAAUAAAUAAACACAAAAUUUAAUACACAAUUUCUGAGCCAACAGUACUGAAUGAAGGAAUAUAAUUUAAAGGGCUACACAAUGACAGCUUGUGCUGCCACCAUCACUCGUUCAGGACUUGCGGUGACUUGCCCGAAAAAUUCUAGGGGUGAAUAUCCCUGAAAACAUAUUGUCUUUGGAAAUCUAAGAGUGCUGUGUUAUUUUUUUUAAAGAUAAACUGAAAUAAAAUAUAUAUUAAUUCAGA